UGUACAGUUGUACGUGACAGCUCUCAGCAUAAACAUCUGUGUAUUUCAUAAAAACAACAAAUCGAUAAAAUAAGUAAUGGCGACGGAUAAGAAGGAAAUUAAAUCUUUGAAAAGUGAUGAAACAGUAUAUGUAGCAUUUCAAAACAGAUCUCCACGGAACGUGACACUUUAUUGGUAUGACUAUUCAGGAAAACGUGUACGGUACGCCGUAAUAAAAUCAGGAGGGAUUUACAGUAUAGAUACUUUUGUGACACAUCCUUGGUCAGUUUCCGACAGUAAAACUGGAGAUAGAUUGUUCGUAGAUAAUCAGUUUGUUUUCUUCCCUAAAGUUCAACCACAAGAAGGUGACGAACCACGAUAUGAUAGAUUUUUCAUUGAUUUACCAGUGUACCCUCUUUUAAUAAGAUGUCUACAAGAAAUAAGAAAGAAAAUACCUAAACAUGAAAUGGAUAGACUUCAUAUUCCGGAUAAUCUCAAACAUGCUCUUAAAUAUGUUCCAGACCUCAAGUGCUCCACAUAUGAACGAUUUUCUAUUAUUGAUCAUGAUCAAUCGUAAAUUUGAAAGAUAUGCGAUUUUAUCGGUGAUCAUCGAUGGGUAAAGAAAUAUGGCGGGAAAAUAUGCAGUUCGACGACAGAAUGAAAUAAACGAAAUGGAUUUGUUUCUUUCGUAUGUAAAUUUGACUAGCCACAGUCCUGGAUUUGUCAAGGGUUUAAAAACAUUUGUCUGGUGCAUAAUCAUAACGUAGUCUAUGGGUUUAGACUACAUUGAUGAUAUCAUUGAGAAACAUUGUAAAACGGGUAUGACGUCAUUCCACACAGGAGUAUUGGAUUGACGAUUAAAAAUAUAAUGGAAUUCGUUGUAACAUUGGAC